CGCUCGGGCGCUUGCGCAGUGGCGAGGGGCGCGCGCUGCCGUGGCGCCGGCCGCGGCGGAAGGCGGCGCUGGUGCCGCCGCGCGCAGCCCGCCCGCCCGGCGCGGCGCAGCCCGACACAAAGAGGAGGGCGGAUGCGGCGGCCGCGGCUCCCGCCCGCCCGCGGCCCGCCGCCCCCCGGCACCACAUGGCGGCGACGCUGCGGCCGCGCCUAGCGCCGCCCCCGGGGAGCUCGGCGCCGCGCUAGGCCGCGGCGAAGCGCGUCCCCCUUCUCGCGGCUCUCCCGCCCGGCGGCCGCGGCGCCCCGAGCGCCUCGCCGGCUCCCGCCAUGCCGCCCGCGGGCCGCCGCUCCUCCUGCCGCCCGCCGCGGCCCCGCCGUCCGCCGCGGCUUCUGCCGGCGCUCCUGCUCCUGGCCGCGCUGGGCGGCGGCGCCGCGCUGCCGCCGGGCUGCAAGUACGACGGGCGGCCCAAGAGCGGCGGCAAGGCGGCGGCGGGCGCCGCGGAGAUGAAGGUGGUGUGCAGCAACCUGGAGCUGGCGCAGGUCCUGCCCGCCGACGCGCUGCCCAACCGCACGGUCACGCUGAUUCUGAGUAACAAUAAAAUAACAGAGUUGAAGAAUGGUUCCUUCUCUGGAUUAAGCCUUCUUGAAAGAUUGGACCUUAAGAACAACCUCAUUAGUACUAUAAAUCCAGGAGCUUUUAUGGGGCUUUCAUCUCUAAAAAGACUAGACUUAACUAAUAACAGAAUAGGCUGCCUGAAUGCAGAUGUAUUUAGAGGACUUGUAAAUCUUAUUAGGUUAAAUCUUUCUGGAAAUCUGUUUUCUACACUAACACAGGGAACAUUUGAUCAUCUUGGUUCACUAAAGUCUCUAGAAUUUCAGACUGAUUACCUUCUUUGUGAUUGUAACAUACUGUGGAUGCAUCAGUGGUUAAAAGAAAGAAAUAUAACUGUACGUGAAACUAAAUGUGCCUAUCCCAAGUCACUUCAGUCACAAGCAGUAACUGGUGUUAAGCAGGAGCUUCUGACCUGUGAACCUCCUCUUGAGUUACCAUCUUUCUAUAUGACACCAUCUCACCGUCAGGUUGUUUUUGAAGGAGAUAGUCUACCCUUCCAAUGUAUGGCUUCGUAUAUUGAUCAAGACAUGCAAGUGCUGUGGUAUCAGGAUGGAAAAAUAGUUGAAACUGAUGAAUCCCAGGGUAUUUUUGUUGAGAAAAAUAUGAUUCAUAACUGCUCGCUGAUUGCAAGUGCACUGACAAUCUCGAACAUUCAGGCUGGCUCCACAGGAAACUGGGGUUGCCAUGUACAAACCAGACGUGGAAAUAAUACAAGGACAGUAGACAUUGUGGUUUUAGAAAGCUCUGCUCAGUACUGCCCUCCAGAGAGGGUUGUGAACAAUAAAGGAGAUUUCAGGUGGCCUAGAACGCUGGCAGGCAUCACUGCAUACCUGCUGUGUACACGUUACUCUGCUGGCAGUGGAAUAUAUCCUGGCAACUCGCAAGAUGAAAGAAGAGCUUGGCGCAGAUGUGACAGGGGAGGAUACUGGGCAGAAGAGGACUACUCUAAGUGCCAGUAUGCAAAUGAUGUGACUCGAGUUCUGUAUAUGUUUAAUCAGAUGCCGCUCAACCUUACUAAUGCAGUGGCAACAGCAAGACAGCUCUUGGCUUAUACUGUUGAAGCAGCAAAUUUUUCUGAUAAGAUGGAUGUUAUUUUUGUGGCUGAAAUGAUAGAGAAAUUUGGAAGAUUUGCUGAAAAGUAUAAAGAGCUUGGUGAUGUGAUGGUGGACAUAGCAAGUAACAUUAUGUUGGCUGAUGAACGUGUGCUGUGGAUGGCACAGAGGGAAGCCAAGGCUUGCACUAGAAUUGUACAGUGUUUGCAGAAAAUUGCUAUGUAUCGGCUUGCAAAUGGGGCUCAAGUUUACUCUACUUAUUCUCCAAAUAUUGCUCUUGAGGCUUAUGUAAUAAAGGCUGCUGGUUUCACUGGGAUGACAUGCACCGUAUUUCAGAAAGUGGCUACAUCAGACCGUACAGGACUCAAUGAUUAUGGAAGAAGAGAUCCAGAUGGAAAUCUAGAUAAGCAGCUAAGCUUUAAGUGCAACGUUUCAAAUACGCUGUCAAGCCUGGCAUUAAAGAAUACAAUUGUAGAGGCUUCUAUCCAAUUGCCUGCUUCCCUUUUCACCCAAAAACAAAAAAGAGAAAUCAGGCCAGCAGAUGAGUCUGUCUACAAGCUUCAGCUUAUCGCAUUUCGCAAUGGAAAGCUUUUUCCAGCCACAGGAAAUUCAACAAAUCUGGCUGAUGAUGGGAAGCGACGUACAGUUGUAACACCAGUUAUUCUCACCAAGAUAGAUGGUUUAAACCUAGCCAGUCACCACAUUCCUAUAAAUGUGACACUGCGGCGUAUUGCACAUGGAGCAGAUGCUGUUGCAGCUCAGUGGGACUUUGAUCUACUGAAUGGACAAGGGGGAUGGAAGUCUGAUGGAUGUCGCAUUCUUCUGUCUGAUGAAAAUAUUACUACCAUUCAGUGCUAUUCCCUCAGCAACUAUGCAGUUUUAAUGGACUUGACAGGAGCUGAAUUAUAUACCCAGCCAGCUGAUCUUCUGCAUCCAGUAAUUUAUGCCACUGCCAUGGUUUUGCUAAUGUGUCUGUUGAUGAUCAUAGUCAGCUAUAUAUAUCAUCACAGUGUGAUCAGGAUCAGUGUAAAAAGCUGGCAUAUGCUAGUUAACCUGAGCUUUCAUAUUUUCCUGACAUGCGUAAUGUUUAUUGGAGGCAUAACUCAGACCAGGAAUGUCAGCAUUUGCCAAGCAGUUGGGAUAAUUCUCCAUUAUUCCACUCUUGCCACAGUAUUGUGGCUGGGCGUGACCUCUCGUAAUAUUUACAAGCAGGUAACUAAAAAAGCAAAAAGAUGUCAAGAUCCUGAUGAGCCACCUCCUCCGCCCAGACCAAUGCUAAGGUUUUACCUGAUUGGUGGAGGAAUCCCUAUCAUAGUUUGUGGAAUAACAGCAGCAGCAAACAUCCGAAAUUAUGGCAGCAGACCUAAUGCCCCAUAUUGCUGGAUGACUUGGGAGCCUAGCUUAGGAGCAUUUUAUGGACCAGCUAGCUUUAUAAUUUUCAUAAACUGCAUGUAUUUUCUUAGCAUAUUCAUACAACUGAAACGACAUCCUGAGCGCAAAUAUGAACUUAAGGAACCAGUUGAGGAGCAGCAGCGUCUGGCGACCAAUGAACAUGGGGACCUGGCUCACCAAGAUUCAUUGUCGGUGUCACUAGUUUCCACAUCUGCUUUGGAGAAUGAGCACAGUUUUCAAGCCCAGCUCCUGGGAGUGGGCCUAACCUUGCUUUUGUAUGUUGCUCUGUGGAUCUUUGGAGCCCUGUCCGUUUCCCUGUAUUAUCCCAUGGACCUGAUUUUUAGCUGUUUUUUUGGGGCAACAUGCUUAAGCCUUAGUGCCUUUCUUAUGGUGCAUCAUUGUGUUAAUAGGGAAGAUGUCAGACACGCUUGGAUAACAACUUGCUGCCCUGGAAGGAGUACGUAUUCAGUGCAAGUAAAUGUUCAGCCCUCCAGUUCCAGCGGAACCAAUGGAGAGGCCCCUAAAUGUACCAACAGUAGUGCAGAAUCUUCUUGUACAAAUAAAAGUGCAUCAAGCCUAAAAAAUUCUUCUCAAGGUUGUAAACUAACUAAUAUACAAGCUGCAGCAGCUCAGUGCCACCCCACUUCUCUACCACUGAACACAGGUCCUCAACUUGAUAACAGUCUCACUGAGCAUUCAGUGGAUAAUGAUAUCAAAAUGCAUGUAGCGCCAUUAGAGGUGCAGUUUCGGACAAAUGGGCACCCAAGUCGGCAUCAUAAAAACAGAAGCAAAGGACAUCGUGCUAGCAGGCUUGCAGUAUUGAGGGAAUAUUCCUAUGAUGUUCCCACGAGUGUGGAAGGAAGUGUGCAAAAUGGCUUACCUAAAAGUCGGCAAAGCAACAGCGAAGGGCAUUCAAGGAGCCGAAGAGCCUAUUUAGCAUAUAGAGAACGUCAGUAUAACCAGUCCCAACAAGAUAGCAGUGAUGCUUGCAGUACACUUCCAAAAAGCGGCAGAAAUACUGAAAAAACACUAGCUACUAACAACAAAAAAGAUAUUCCGAGGAAACCAAUAGUGGUUGAACUUGAAAACCAGCAAAAAUCUUACGGCUUAAAUUUAGCCAUUCAGAAUGGACCACUUAAAAGCAGUGGACAGGAUGGACCCUUGCUCACUGCAGACAGUACUGGUAAUAUUAGAACUGGGUUAUGGAAACAUGAAACUACUGUGUAGCGUUAUAAUUAUGGGACAAAUCCAUAUGAACUGUGAUUACACAUUCCUUAAAGCUAUUAACACUUUUAAAGACUGUUUACAAACUCUAGGUACUUAAUGCAGGGAGGGUACAAAGAUACCUAUCAUUUAAAAGACUGUGUACAUUAUAUCUUUGCUGUUCUUACAGAAAUGAACUUCUGGUAUUUUGUGAAAUUUUUUUGAAGCAUCAGACUUUUUGAGUGAUGCAGAGCAUAACUUUGUACAUUUUUAUUUUUUACCUGUAACCCUGCAGAUGUGUCCACAACACAUUUCAAAUUUGUAUUUAAAUGUAUAAUAAAUAGUACUUUCUCCAGCA